AUGGAGUUCUAUUCUAAUCUUUCAACGUCAUCUCCAGCUCUGGCUUCUUCGAUAUAUCCAACUAUUUUCGAAAUUUUGUCCGCUGACGAGAUUGAUGAGCUUCUCACACCGUCUGUGCGUUACAUUGUGGCCAAUUUGGUCGCCCGGAAACCGAACAAAUAUACUUUAGGUAUCAAUAACUGGUUUGAUGAAUGGUUUUUGUUGGCGACUAGACUGGCCAUAGAAUCGCGCUAUCUGCGUUGUUGGGAUGGUACAUUCAUUGAGAAUUUUUACGGGCUGAAACGUAUCAACGCUUCUGACAGAAUUUUACUUCGCACCCUUCAACAAAAUCCCGGUUUAGAGCUUCCCUUACGCCUUACAAAUGUGCAGCGCUCUGCCGUCAUUGCACAGAAAGUUUUGGUAACAUAUGUGGCUACGAAACUUGAUUUGCUGCAUUCUAAGCUACUCGCUGCUGCAUUAGUGCGGAAUCCUCAGGAAAAUGACAACAGCACUGAAAUGUACCGCAAACUACGAAAAGCUCUGCGAAACCUUUUCAUCAAAUACUAUCCGCUGCUAAAGAAACUUCUUUUCUUCCUCAACUUAGGAUCAAAGCUUUAUUUCCUCACUGGUAAAACCGGUUCAACAUCUAUUCUCGAUCUUUUCAUGAACAUAAGUUAUACACGAUUAUCGGUUUUGGAUUACGAACGAAAUGACACAAAGGACUUCGUCAAGUCUGCUUCCACAGGUGCAAGGCGUGUUAGACUUAAUAAACUUGCUCUUUUGAACCUGAUUCGGGUGUGGAGCUCCAAAUUGGGCUCCAUUCUUAAAACUGCUGGUUCACAGGUGUUUCCAGCUUUCAUCUUCAUGCUCCGCGUAUUCCAGUGGUGGACGUCGCAAGACAUGACUGGGGAGUUGCAAAGGAAAAUGGACAGUCUGGAUCAAGAUGUCCCGCCUCCACCCAUUCCGUUCGAAAGAAAUACCGACGGUAAGUGUAGAAUAUGCGAUAGCGAAAUUACCAACCCUGCGGCCAUAGAAACUGGAUAUGUGUUUUGCUACCCUUGCAUAAUGAACUAUUUACCGCAGCAUGGGGGUAAAUGUCCGGUAACGGGCAGCAAAUUGCUGGGAUGCAACUAUGACAAGGACUCUGGCGAUUGGUCCAUCACUGGCGUCAGGAAACUCAUAAUUUGA